AUGUACCCAGCUUUCUUAGGAAACCAUUCUCUGAUCCGACUGCUCGGCCACGCUUCAUUUUUCUUUCUUUCUAUCUUUUUCUGCUUUGCCCAUCCUUCUCUUUCUUUAUUUCAUUCUUUCUUUCUUUCUUUCUUUCUUUCUUUCUUUCUUUCUUUAACCUCUAAUCGUCUUUCUCUUUUCUUCUUUCCUUUUAACUGCUUUCUUCAUAUUUUCUCGUCCCCACUCUCCUUUUCUUCUUUACACCUCCUUUUCAUCUCUCUUCCCUCUUCAUCAUACUUGCAUUGCCCCUCCUUCCGGACUUAUUUUCCCACUUCUUCUUGUCUUUUUUCCCCAUUCUUUCUUUCUUUCUUCUGUGGAAAAAUAUGUCUCUUUCUAACAGUCAUUCUCCCUCUCAUCCUAUUCCUCCACACUCUCUUUUUCUCUUUUGCUCUUUCCUUACGUUUUUACCCUCUCUUUUUAACUAUUUUAUCUCUCUGCUUUACUUUCUUCUAUUUUAAUGUUUUACGCCUUACUCCCAUAUCUUUCCCACUUUACUCUCUCCCCAUUUUCACUCACUCUCGUUUUCUUAAUUUUCUAUAUAUAUUUUCUCUUUUAUCUCCCCCGCCCGCCGCUGUACAUUCUUCUCCAGGCAGAUUCUUCAGUUCUGCGUAUUUUAUAACUUCUUUCAUUUAUUCAACACCCCGGCCUUUUGCUGAGACGCAAGCUACUCUUUUUCUCCGCCGAUUUUCCGUGAUUUUUAAAUUAUUUUUAUCUAUUUUCUUUCUCUCCUUCAACCGGCCCUACCUAUUUUCCUUCUCUUUCUUUCUUUCUUUUUUUCUUUCUUUCUUUCUUUUUUUCGUUUUUCUUUCUUUCUUUCUUUCUUUUGAACCAAUUUUCUUUUCUUUUCUUUUCUUUCUUUCUUUCUUUCUUUCUUUCUUUCUUUCUUUCUUUCUUUCUUUUGAACCAUUUUUCUUUUCUUUCUUUCUUUCUUUCUUUCUUUCUUUCUUUCUUUCUUUCUUUCUUUUGAACCGUAGAUUUUUCUUUUCUUUCUUUCUUUCUUUCUUUCUUUCUUUCUUUCUUUCUUUCUUUCUUUCUUUCUUUCUUACCUUCUCUUUUUUUCUUUCCUUCUUUCUUUUGAACAUUAUCUUCUUUAUUUUCUUACCUCUAGUUACGUUCUUACUUUCUUUCAUUCUAUCCUGCCGAUCUGAUUUGAUACAUCCCUUCUAUGUUUCUUUCUGUCUUCUUUUCAAACACAUUUUUUUUAAUUUUACCUCAUCUCUUUUUCUUUUUCCGCAAGUAAAUCUCCUUUUUUUCCUUCUUUCUUUCUUUCUUUCUUUUUCUUUCUUUCUUUCUUUCUUUCUUUCUUUCUUUCUUUCUUUUGCACCUAAUCUUUUCAUUUCUUUCUGUCUUUCUUUCUUCUAUCUAUUUUGCUUCUCUUUGUUUUACUCUUUUAAUUCUAUUUCACUCAUUCAUUUUUCUUUCUUUCUUCUCUUUAAUUUAUUAUUUUCUGGCACAAAUGUCUACUUUCGUACUUAUUUUCUUUCUUAUUUUCUUUCUUCUUGUCUUUCUUUCUUUCUUUCUUUCUUUCUUUCUUUCUUCUUUCCUUCUCCCUUCUUCCCUUUUUUCUUUCUUCCUUGUCUUGUUGAAUUCUCUAUUUUUUCCUCUAGUUUUUUUUCUUUUCUCAUUGUUUCUCCGUCUUUCUUUCUUUCUUUUUUUCUUUCUUUCUUAAUUUCAUGUCUUGUUGAUUUUUCUUUUUUCUUUCGUUGUUCUCACUUACUUUCUUUUGUCUUUCUUUCUCUCGUCUUUCUUUCUAACUUCUUUCUUUCUAUCUAUUCAGCUGCAUCUUUUUUUUGCUUCCUAUAUUUCUUUUUUUCUGUCUUUCUUUCGUUUAGCUAA